AUGGAUCACGCAAGAUAUGCAACACCUUUAAGUACUCGCUACAGCAGCGAGGAAAUGUCGCAAAAUUUUUCAGAUCAAAAUAAAUUUUCACAAUGGCGCAAGUUGUGGUGGUUUUUAGCUCGUGCACAACAGCAAUUGGGUUUAGAUAUCACUGAUGAACAAUUACAGCAGAUGGAAGAAAAUAUCAAUCAUAUUGAUUUUGAAUUAGCUCAGAAGGAAGAGAAUAAAUAUAGGCAUGAUGUAAUGGCUCAUGUUCACACAUUUGCUGCAUGUUGCCCUAAAGCUGCUGGUAUCAUUCACCUUGGAGCAACAUCAUGUUAUGUGACAGAUAAUGCGGACCUAAUUAUUGUACGUAAUGCGCUGGAUAUUAUCCUACCCAAGCUUGCAAGAUGUAUCGACCGUCUAGCAAAGUUUGCAAAAGAAUAUAAAGAUUUACCUGUGCUUGGAUUUACCCACUUACAACCGGCUCAACUGACCACACUUGGAAAACGUGCAACGUUAUGGAUUUUCGAUCUCCUUAUGGAUUUACGCAAUUUAACUCGAACAAGAAAUGAAUUAAGAUUUCGUGGAGUGAAAGGUACGACUGGCACUCAAGCUAGCUUCUUAGCUUUAUUCAACAACGAUCAUGAAAAGGUUAAAAAAUUAGACAGACUUGUAACUGAAAUGGCAGGAUUUCAAUCGGCUUAUAUCGUGACUGGACAGACUUAUAGUCGGAAGGUAGACUUAGAUAUUUUAAAUGCCGUCAGUGGUUUAGGAGCUUCCAUGCAUAAGAUUGCGACCGAUGUUCGAUUACUGGCCAAUAUGAAGCAAUUAGAAGAACCAUUUGAAACAAGUCAAAUUGGUUCAAGUGCUAUGCCAUAUAAACGUAAUCCGAUGCGUUGUGAGCGUGCGUGUGCAUUAGCUAGGCAUUUAAUGACCUUAGUAUCAAAUGCUCAACAAACUGCUGCUGUACAAUGGCUCGAAAGAACUCUCGAUGACAGUGCUAACAGACGUAUAACUCUCACUGAAGCAUUUCUUACAGCUGAUGGUGUACUACGGACGAUGCAAAAUGUAUUUGAAGGCUUAGUAGUUUAUCCCAAGGUUAUCAAUAAGCAGAUUAUACAAGAAUUGCCUUUUAUGGCUACGGAAAAUAUUAUCAUGGCGAUGGUCAAAGCUGGAGCUAAUCGACAGGAAUGUCACGAGAAAUUACGAGUAUUAUCACACCAAGCUGGCCAUGUUGUUAAAAUGGAAGGGGGUAGCAAUGAUUUGGUAGAAAGAAUUCAAUCAAGUGAUUAUUUUAUACCUAUCCACUCUACACUUAAUGAUUUACUUAAUCCAGAAUUGUUCAUUGGUAGAGCGCCUGAGCAGGUUGAUGAAUUUCUAAAUGUCGAAGUAUACCCCGCAAUAAAGCGCUUUGAACUACAGCUUGCAGAAGCAUCGGUCUUGAUUGUCUAA